AUGACUAUGUUUCAGACCAUGGGAGGAGACUUUUCAGGGAAGAACCAGGACUGCUCUAAAGGAAUCUACGCUCUGUCAGAGAUGUCUUUUCUCAUGUUGAAAAAGCCAAACUACAAAAAGUUAGAUCUCCAGGUCUUUGCCACUUUUUUUGAAAUCUACAGUGGCAAGGUGUUUGACUUGCUGAAUCAUAAGGCCAAGCUGCGGGUAUUGGAAGAUAGGAAGCAGCAAGUCCAGGUGGUGGGCCUACAGGAGAGAGAGGUCAAAUGCACAGAAGAUGUCCUUAAACUAAUCGAAGUCGGAAACAGCUGCAGGACUUCUGGGAAGACAUCAGCAAACGCCCAUUCCUCCAGGAGCCAUGCCGUUUUCCAGAUCAUUUUGCGCAGACGAGGAAAGAUGCACGGAAAGUUUUCUCUUGUCGAUCUGGCUGGAAACGAGAGGGGAGCUGACACAUCCAGUGCAGACCGCCAGACUCGUCUCGAAGGAGCUGAGAUCAACAAGAGUCUGUUGGCUCUGAAGGAAUGUAUUCGGGCUCUAGGACGAAACAAACCCCACACUCCAUUUAGAGCAAGCAAAUUGACUCAAGUACUGAGAGAUUCCUUCAUUGGAGAAAACUCUAGAACUUGCAUGAUUGCUACAAUCUCCCCUGGAAUGGCAUCUUGUGAAAACACUUUAAACACUUUGAGAUAUGCCAACAGGGUCAAAGAGUUUGGCAUAAACCCUUCAGAUAUCUCUUUCACACAGAGCGGGGGAGGAGGGCGAUCUGAGUUGUCACCUACUUAUGAGGUCCAGGAUCUAACAGUGGAUCCUCUGGCAGCGAUGGACUGUCAUCAGGCUGGACACAUUAACCAGCUGGAGGUGCUUGAGGCCCAGUGGGGAGUUGGCAGCUCCCCACAGAGAGAUGAUCUGAAGUUGCUCUGUGAACAGAAUGAAGAGGAAGUUUCCCCACAGCUCUUCACUUUCCACAAGGCUGUGUCUCAGCUUGUGGAGAUGGAAGAGCAGGUUCUUGAGGACCACAGAGCUGUGUUUCAGAAGUCGAUUCGUUGGUUAGAAGAUGAAAUAAGUACUUUUAGAAAUGACAAAGGAGGUAGACUAUGA